AGGCAUCGGGCCCCCAGGAGGGGCGGUGGGCGCGGGCCCCCAGGCGGAGCGACAGGCAUCGGGCCCCCAGGCGGGGCGGCAGGCGCCGGGCCCCCAGGCGGAGCGGCGGGCGCCGGGCCCCCAGGCGGGGUGGGGCGGCGGGCGCCAGGCCCCCAGGUGGAGCGACAGGCACCGGGCCCCAGGAGGGGUGGCGUGCACCGGGCCCCCAGGAAGAGCGACAGGUGCCGGGCCCCCAGGAGGAGCGGUGGGCACCGGGUCAUCAGGCACGACAACGGGCAUCGGGUCACUAGGCAUCAGGUCAUUUGUCUCGACAGCGGGCACCGCGUCAUCUGGCAAGGCAGUGGGCUCCGAGUCAACUGGCAUGACCGCGGGCACUGGGUCAGACAUUGGAUCGUCUGGCCCGACAGCGGGCAUCGGGUCACCAGGCAUCAGGUCAUUUGGCUCGAC